AGAGUCUGAAUGAUGAGUACCCAGUCUGUCCCGUUUGAGGAGGUGCGGAGGAGAGCUGAGUCCCUCUUAUCCUCCUCAGGCUCUGCCCAGUUGGUAAAGGCUGAUGUCCAGGUAAUGGCCAACAUCCCUCUGUCCCUGUGUGACAAGUUUCACCACAUCACAGCACAGACCAUGGUGACAGAGAACAUCACAGGGCACAGAAGGCAAGAGGUGAGACAUGUUUUGACAUUCAACUGUAUCCCUUGUUUCACAUUAUGUGCCUCCUUACCGUCUUCACAUAGCUAUGCUUUCUUUCUCCCUGUCUGCCCUCCUGCUACCCUCCCUCCCCAGGUCCUAGAGUCUUUGGGCCGGCUGUUUAAAGCCUUGAGUAUCCUGGAGAAGUAUGGCUGUAACCUGACCAGCCCCAGCAGGCCCAAGUACUGGCGGAGUGUUAAACACAACAACCCAGUCUUCAGGGCUACCGUGGACGCCAUCAAGGUGAGGAGAGAGAGAGGCCUCUCUAAACCCUGUCAGGAACCUCCAGCCCUAUUCUUACAGUAUAAUGAUAGACUUCCUUAUGCAUAGUACGGAUUACAGAGUCUGAAGGUUAUCUUAUCCAUUUAUUUCACUAUGAAUUGUCAGAUGGUUCAAAAAGGGAGUGGAUUAAUAAGCGAUGUUUAGAGUGCCUUAGUAGGUCAUAGACCUAGAAUCGUGGGUACUGAUAUUUAAAGCAUUUGAGUUUACUUUUUCACUCAUUUGAGUCAAUGGUGAUUUAUUCUACUGUCUGCUUUCUUUUCUACAGGGUGGCAGGUCAGUCCUAUUUCUUUACGGUUACACCAAACAGCAGCCAGAUGGCCUCAGCUUCCCUGAUGAUGUCACAGAUCCAGACGUUGAGAAGGUUGCUGCGGUGACUAUUGAGGUCAUGAUCCUGCGCAUGGAAUUGGACAUGCUCAUCAAGGUGAACAUUCAUAUGAGAGAAAUCUACGAGGGUUAUUAUCUCAUAAAAACGUUUACAUUUCUGUAAUUCUCAAUUUGAGGAUGACCACAAAGACAUGUUUCCAUGUUUGCUCUCUUAUGUGGUAAUGUGUUGUUUUUUGCCUGUCAGGGUACACAUGCUCACCCAGAAAUGUACAGCAAUAUCAUCCCAUUCCCUAGUCUACAGAAGACAACCCAGGUCUGUGUAAUGUACAGUUGGUGGUUAAUUGGUUCGUCUGUUUCUACCUCUACCUCUUUCUGUUAUUAGUGUUGCCAUGCUGACUAAUGGCUAUUCUGCUCUCCUCAGGAUGAACCAGAGCUGAUGUCUGAUGCGGUGGUCAUUCCACCAGGAGAGGACAGGGGGAAAGACCUUCAGCCGCUGUCUCCUCCACCCAAACCUGCACCCAGUCCUGGACUAGGACAUGCCCCCACCACUCCUACUGGUGAGACAAGCAGCCAUUCCCUGUACCAGUCUACCUGUCACUUAGCCACCUGCCUGCUUUCUGUCCGCUGGCAUUUAUGUCAUCUGGCAAAUGUGUUGUAGUGUCAGCUGAUGACAAACCCCUUACUGCUCCUUUCUCUCUGCUUUCUAAGAUGGGAUGUGUGAUUUGUGCGGUGCCACUCCCUCUCUCCUCUGCCUGUCCUGUGGUUCUCUUCCCUUCUGUCAGUCAUGUGACCUCCUCUACCACCUGCACCCGUCCAGAGCCAAUCACAGGAGAGAUAGAAUACAGGGUAAGAUAUGGGUAAUAGCUUUGACCAUCAUUUCACUUUUUAUCCUCGAUUUCUUUGAAUAUUCUUUUCUAAACUUAACACUGAUCAUCUUUUUAAACUCCCCCCCUUAGAGACCUGUACCCUCUGUGGUGUGUCCCAAGUCUUUGCCCAUUGCUCCACCUGUUCUCAGAGGCUGUGUCUGGAGUGUGACAGACUGUACCAUUCUCACCCGGACCGCGGGGGUCACAACAGGACAAUUGUUUCCCACGCCAAACCAAAAAGAGCUUUAAGGUUAGAAAUUAGGAAGUGUUAAUAUUUGACUCCACACACACACACACACACACACACACACACACACACACACACACACACACACACACACACACACACACACACACACACACACACACACACACACACACACACACACACACACACACACACACUUAUUUCUCUCACUCGUGUUUCUCCUCUUUAUCAGCCACUCUCUUUCCUCGUGGGAGUGUGCUCAGUGCACUACAGUCAACGAGGUGAAGGCCGUGCUGUGUGUGACCUGUGAACGACCCCGCCUGGCCAUCGCUUCCCUUAUAGUUCAGGAGGACCCAGGGCAACCGCCAUCCAACACAGGUCAGAUUCAUAUACAUGGGUCAACUGUUGAGUAGUUUUCAUGUGACGUUCAUUAAAACAACACAUCAGUCACCUAUCCUGUCCUGUUUGAGGUGUUCAUGCCAUCUGUGCCUCUAUAGCAGUGAUAAUACAUCAGUAAUGUAAUUAUACAGUCAUAGACAGAAACUGAGCUAGAUCAAUACAAGGCUAUUUAUUAAUCUACUGUCUCUGACCUCUUUCGUAGAGUGGCAGUGUAAGAGCUGUACGGUUGUGAACCAGGGCAGCAGUAUACUCUGUGAGGUGUGUGAGCGCCCCCGUCUGGCCACCCGUCCCUCUAUCACGCCAGGACUCCCCAGUACUCCAGUACUCUCCAUGCCAGGACCCACGUCAGAUAACGAAACAGAGGUUUGACCCCCAGUGGUUUAAAUAGUCUCUACUAUUGGAAUGCUAUGUGAGACCUAAUCAUUUCAGCGUAUAAUUUCUGUUUUAAUCCCCCCCCCCAUGCCGUCUCUCUCUCUCUCUCUCUCUAGUGGAUGUGUGAGUUCUGCACCUAUGUGAACUCUCAGCCUGUAGUGGUUUGUGGGAUGUGCAACAUGCCGUGUAAAGAUCCUGCUGUCACCAGCCUCAAGUCCCUCCCCCUGCAGUCUCCAAUCAAAGACUUAGCCUCGCCUCCUUCUACGCCCCAAUUCCGUCCCCAGAUCCCUCCCAGGGUGAACAUCGACAUCAAGAGACAGAACCUGAUGAGGGAUGAUGGGCUGAAACUUGUCCAUCAAAUACGAGUGGGUGGAGUACAAAUGGACACAAUGUGAAUUAAAACCAGAUGAACUGCUACUAUCGUUUUCUAACUGCUAACCUAAUGUCCUUCCUCAGGAGGGAGAGAAGAAGGGAGUGGGCCCUGAGGAGGUCUACGCAGCCCUCUGCUUUUCCGGGGGCAGCAACGUCAACCCCUGCGAUUGGCUAAAAUCAGAGCUGCCCCACCUACUGGAUGAGAUCUGUGCCAUGGCGGCUUCAGCUGCUUUGCAGAACUACAAAGCGGGGGUUUCUGGGCCGCAGGAUAACACUGAGCAGGAUGGGGGUUCGACAGAGCAGCAGAGUCCCAGUGUGCUGCUGGGAGAGGGGGUGCAGCUGUCCAGGGUUGAGGCCAAGCAGGCAUGGCUGGCAGCAGGAGGCGACACUGAGAGAGCAGUCCGUCAGCUGCUCAGAGACAGACAGGUCAAGGUGAGAACCAGACAUGUCAACUGACCCAAAUGGUCACUCAAGACGGAUAAACACUUUCGAUAUCAACUCAAGUAACCAAGAGCUUAGAGUUGACUGAGUUAGUCUGUGUAAGCCUAUAUGCAAAGUACAUCCACUGCAGUAUCCAGUCUGACUGCGUCUGUCUCUGGUGUGUGUAGAUGCGCGAGCUGCGUUCUCUGGGUUUCCGGGAGGCGUCCCAGUGUGAGGAGGCUCUGCGUCUGAGUGGAGGAGAGGUGCAGGGGGCUCUGUCCGUGCUGCAGAGGCCCCUCCUGGAGCCCUUCCACCAGCGCAUCUGGAGCGACACGCUAGAGGCCCCUAUCGAUGCCAAGAGCCCCGACAAACAGGUGUGUGUGUGUGCACGAGAGCCAGCAGAACUUGAUGAACAACAAUGUUCAAGACCACACACAAAACAAAUAACCUGAUUGUUUAUCACCAUGAACCUACAUUGUGUUACCUCAGCGGAUGUGCAGGCGCCUGCUGGCGUUGUACGAGCUGCCGAGCUGGGGGCGCUGUGAGCUGGCCCUCUCUCUACUCCAGGAGCCUGAGGCCCAGUACUCCCUGGAGGACGUCAUCCAGGCUGUCAGAGAGUCCCAGGACAGGGAGUUCCUCCGCCGCCUCCUCAACAACGAGUGCCCCUGUUGCCUCAGCAUCUUCCCCCACAGCAAGGUGGGCUGCUGGGGCUCUGUCUGUCUUUGCCUUGGAGUGGAUGAUGAGCUCUUAUUACCUCCUCCCUGUAUGGUCUUUAAAGUGUUGCUCCUUAUCCUUGAUCCUGUAUGAAUUCUCUGUACCGAUCACAGAUGCAGUCCCUGACCUCGUGUCAGUGCUCGGUGUGCCACGAAUGUUUCACGCAGCACUUCACCAUCGCUGUAAGAGACAAACACAUUAGAGACAUGGUGUGUCCCGUGUGUGCAGGACCAGACAUCAACGACCCUGAGCACCUGGACAGCUACUUCUCUACCCUGGACAUCCAGGUACAUACAGUUGAAGUCGGAAGUUUACAUACACUUAGGUUGGAGUCAUUAAAACUCGUCUUUCAACCACUCCACAAAUUUAUUGUUAACAAACUAUAGUUUUGGCAAGUCGGUUAGGACAUCUACUUUGUGCAUGACACAAGUAAUUUUUCCAACAAUUGUUUACAGACAGAUUAUUUCACUUAUAAUUCACUGUAUCACAAUUCCAGUGGGUCAGAAGUUUACAUACACUAAGUUGACUGUGCCUUUAAACAGCUUGGAAAAUUCCAGAAAAUGAUGUAAUGGCUUUAGAAGCUACUGAUAGGCUAAUUGACAUCAUUUGAGUCAAUUGGAGGUGUACCUGUGGAUGUAUUUCAAGGCCUACCUUCAAACUCAGUGCCUCUUUGCUUGACAUCAUGGGAAAAUCAAAAGAAAUCAGCCAAGACCUCCGAAAAAAAAUUGUAGACCUCCACAAGUCUGGUUCAUCCUUGGGAGCAAUUUCCAAACACCUGAAGGUACCACGUUCAUCUGUACAAACAAUAGUACGCAAGUAUAAACACCAUGAGACCGCGCAGCCGUCAUACCGCUCAGAAAGGAGACGCGUUCUGUCUCUUAGAGAUUAACGUACUUUGUUGUGAAAAGUGCAAAUCAAUCCCAGAACAACAGCAAAGGACCUUGUGAAGAUGCUGGAGAAAACAGGUACGAAAGUAUCUAUAUCCACAGUAAAACGAGUCCUAUAUCGACAUAACCUGAAAGGCCGCUCAGCAAGGAAGAAGCCACUGCUCCAAAACCGCCAUAAAAAAGCCAGACUACGGUUUGCAACUGCACAUGGAGACAAAGAUCGUACUUUUUGGAGAAAUGUCCUCUGGUCUGAUGAAACACAAAUGGAACUGUUUGGCCAUAAUGACCAUCGUUAUGUUUGGAGGAAAAAGGGGGACGCUUGCAAGCCGAAGAACACCAUCCCAACCGUGAAGCACGGGGGAGGCAGCAUCAUGCUGUGGGGGUGCUUUGCUGCAGGAGGGACUGGUGCACUUCUCAAAAUAGAUGGCAUCAUGAGGAAGGAAAAUUAUGUGGAUAUAUUGAAGCUACAUCUCAAGACAUCAGUCAGGUAGUUAAAGCUUGGUCGCGAAUGGGUCUUCCAAAUGGACAAUGACCCCAACCAUACUUCCAAAGUUGUGGCAAAAUGGCUUAAGGACAACAAAGUCAAGGUAUUGGAGUGGCCAUCACAAAGCCCUGACCUCAAUCCUAUAUAUAUAACAUUUGUGGGCAGAACUGAAAAAGCGUGUGCGAGAAAGGAGGCCUACAAACCUGACUCAGUUACACCAGCUCUGUCAGGAGGAAUGGGCCAAAAUUCACCCAACUUAUUGUGGGAAGCUUGUGGAAGGCUACCCGAAACGUUUGACCCAAGUUAAACAAUUUAAAGGCAAUGCUACCAAAUACUAAUUGAGUGUAUGCAAACUUCUGACCCACUGGGAAUGUGAUGAAAGAAAUAAAAGCUGAAAUGAAUCAUUCUCUACUAUUAUUCUGACAUUUCACAUUCUUAAUAUAAAGUGGUGAUCCUAACUGACCUAAGAGGGAAUUUUUACUAGGUUUAAAUGUCAGGAAUUGUGAAAAACUGAGUUUAAAUGUAUUUGGCUAAGGUGUAUGUAAACUUCCGACUUCAACUGUACUAUAGAAGGAAAGAUGGAGAUAUAAGGGAGGAAGGUUAUUUUCUACAUUUUAAAAUGUGUGUCAUUUAGCAGACGCUCUUAUCCAGAGCGACUUACAGUUAGUGUAUUCAUUUUAAGAUAGCUAGAUGCGACAACCACAUCUCAGACAUAGUAAGUACAUUUUUCCUCAAUAACGUAGCUAUCAGCAAAGUCAGUGCUAGUAGGGGGGGGAAAGUUUUUGUUGGGGAGGGGUGCUGUGGGAUUAUUUAAGAUACUCUUUGAAGAGGUAGGGUUUCAGAUGUUUUUGGGAGAUGGACAGGGACUCUGCUGUCCUAGCUUCUGGGGGAAGCUGGUUCUACCAUUGGGGUGACAGGACAGAGAAGAGCUUGGACUGGGCUGAGUGGGAGCUGUCCUUCCGUACGGGUGGGAGUGCCAAGAGACCAGAGGUGGCAGAACGGAUUACUCUGGUUGGGGUGUAGGGUUUGAGCAGAGCCUGAAGGUAGGGAGGGAGAGUUCCUCUUGCUGCUCCGUUGGCAAGUACCAUGGUCUUGUAGUGGACGCGAGCUUUGACUGGAAGCCAGUGGUGUGUGUGGAGGAGCGGGGUGACAUGGGAGAAUUUGGGAUGGUUGAACACCAAGCGGGCUGCAUCGUUUUGGAUAAGUUGCAGGGGCCUGAUGGCACAAACGGGGAGCCCAGCCUGCGAGUUGCAGUAGUCCAAACGGGAGAUGACAAGUGCCUGGAUUAGGACCUGCACCGCUUCCUGUGUGAGGUAAGAUCAUACUCUAUGGAUGUUGUAGAGCAUGAACCUGCAGGAGGGAGUCAAUGCUUUGAUGUUUGCAAAGAACGACAGGGUGUUGUCCAGGGUCAGGCCAAGAUUCUAUGCACUCUGGGAGGGGGACACCGUGGAGUUGUCAACCGUGAUGGAGAGGUCUUGGAGCGGGCAGGCCUUCCCCGGGAGGAAGAGCAGCUCCGUCUUGUCGAGGUUGAGCUUGAGGUAGUGGGCCGACAUCCAAGCUGAGAUAUUUUCCAGGCAUGCAGAGAUACGUGUUGCCACCUGGGAUGUCAGAAGGGAGGAAGUAGAAAAGUAGUUGAGUGUCAUCCACAUAGCAAUGAUAAAAGAGACAAUGUGAGGAUAUGACAGAGCUGAGUGACUUUGUGUAUAGAGAGAAGAGGAGAGGGCCUAGAACCGAGCCCUGGGGAACACCAGUAGUGAGAGUAAGUGGUGCAGACACAGAUCCUCUCCAUGUCACCUGUUAGGAGCGGCCUGCCAGGGAGGAUGCAAUCCAAGGGUUUGCAGAGCCUGAGAGGGUGGAGAGGAGGAUCUGAUGGUUCACAGUGUCAAAGGCAGUGGAUAGAUCUAGGAGGAUGAGAACAGAGGAGAGAGAGUCAGCUUUGGCAGUGCGGCCGUGACACAGAAGAGCAGUCUCGGUUGAGUGACCCGUCUUGAAGCCUGACUGGUUAGGGUCAAGAAGAUUGUUCUGAGAGAGUUAUCGAAAGAGUUAGUCAGAGACAGCAUUCAAUUGGUUUGGAAAGAAAAGAAAGAAAUUAUACUAGUCUGUAGUUUUUGACGUCAGAGAGGUCGAAUGUUGGUUUCUUGAGGAGGGGAGCGACUCUGGCCAUUUUGAAGUCAGAGGGGAUGCAGCCAGUGGUCAGGGAUGAGUUGAUGAGGGAAGUGAGGAAUGGGAGAAGGUCUCAAGAGAUGGUCGAGCGGGCAGGUUCUCGGACGGCCGGAACUCACUGUUUGCAGAAUUUCAUCUGGAUAGAGAGGGGAGAAAGAGGUCAAGACGUAGCAUAGUUCUGUGUGAGUGGGACCAGUGGACUCAAUAGGUUGAGUGAAUAAAAAAUAUAUAUAUAUAUUUAACCAGGUAGGCCAGUUGAGGACAAGUUCUCAUUUACAACUGCGACCUGGCAAAGAUAGGCCUUAGUGCAAAAUAGUUACAAUUACGUAUUAACACUGGAAUGAUAGAUGUGCAAAAGAUGAUGUGCAAAUAGAGAUACUGGGGUGCAAAUUAGCUAAAUAAAUAACAAUAUGGGGAUGAGGUAGUUGGGUGGGCUAAUUUCAGAAUGGCUGUGUACAGGUGCAGUGAUCGGUAAGCUGCUCUGACAACUGAUGCUUAAAGUUAGUGAGGGAGAUAAGAGUCUCCAGCUUCAGAGAUUUUUGCAGUUCGUUCCAGUCAUUGGCAGCAGAGAACUGGAAGGAAUGGCGUCCAAAGGAGGUGUUGGCUUUGGGGAUGACCAGUGAGAUAUACCUGCUGGAGCGCAGACUACGGGUGGGUGUUGCUAUGGUGACCAGUGAGCUAAGAUAAGGCGGGGAUUUGCCUAGCAGUGAUUUAUAGAUGACCUGGAGCCAGUGGGUUUGGCGACGAAUAUGUAGUGAGGGCCAGCCAACAAGAACGUACAGGUCACAAUGGUGAGUAGUAUAUGGGGCUUUGGUGACAAAACGGAUGGCACUUGAGGAGCGGAUGUUGUAAACCUUAUUUUCAAAGUGGUUGACAAAGUCUUCCGCAGAGAGGUAGGAGGAUUAAGGAGGGAGGAGAAGGUGGAAAAGAGUUUCCUAGGAUUAGAGGCAGAAGCUUGAAAUUUAGAGUGAUAGAAAGUGGCUUUAGCAGGGGAUACAGAGGAAGAGAAGGUAGAGAGGAGGGAGUGAAAGGAUGAUAGGUCCUCCGGAAGUUUAGUUUUCCUCCAUUUUCGCUCAGCUGCCCACAGCCCUGUUCUGUAAGCUCGCAAUGAGUCACUCAGCCACUGAGCAGAAAGGGAGGACCGAGCCAGCCUGGAGGAAAGGUGACAGUGUGAGUCAUACAGUAUAAUGCGGAAAGGGAGGAUAUUAGGGUCGAAGAGGCAGAAUCAGGAGACAGGAGGGAGAAGGAUUUAGCAGAAGAGAGAGAUGAUAGGAUAGGAAGGAGAAGUAGUGGGAGAGAGAGAGGGCGCAGAUUGCGACGGCACAUGACCAUCUGGGUAGGGGCUCAGGGGUAGGAUUGGAGAAGAGGGAGACAGAAAAUAAACAAAGUAGUGAUCAGACACCUGGAGGAGGAUUGCCGUGAGAUUAGUCGGCAAACAGCCUCUAGUAAAGACGAGGUCAAGCGUAUUGCCUGCCUCAUGAGUGGGAGGGGACUGGGAAAGGGUGAGGUCAAGAGGCAAGGAAAGGAAAGAAAUGAAUCGAAGGCAGACGUCGGGAGGGUGAAGUCGCCCAGUACGAAGAGCAGUGAGACAAAAUUAGCUUAUCAAGGUGUCAAGCUCAUUGAGGAACUCUAAGGGCACCUGGUGGGCGAUACAGUAGAUGACAAUAAUGUUAAGCUUGAGUGGACAAGUGACAGUGACAGCAUAGAAUUCAAAUGAGGAGAUGGACAAGUGAGAGAGGGAGAAAAUAGAAAAUCUCCAUUUAGGAUGAAUGAGCAGCCCUGUGCCACCUCCGCGAUGACCAGAUGCUGUCGGACUAUGAGAGAAAAUGUAGUCAGAUGAAGAGAGAGCAGCUGGAGUAGCAGUGUUCGCUGUGGUGAUGUCUCCAUCAGGGCCAAAACGUCUAGGGAUUGAAGGGCAGCAUAGGCUGAGAUUAACUCGCCAAUCUUUACCGCAGAUCAGCAGUUCCAAACGCUGCUGGAGACCAGAAAUUCCACAUGGGUGGUGCGCGCAGGGUACACUAAAUUAGAAGGGUUGCAGCCACGGGGAGAGGAGCGUCUGUAAAGCCUACUGGGAUAGAAAACACACACAUAUAGUUGCCAAAGCUACAAAAUAGCUAAAUUAGAUCUGAAAAUAACUAGGUAAAAUACUAAAGUGAGAGUGGUGUGGAGCCUUCCUCUCUUUCCUUCCUCGAACAUCUCGGCAGUAUCGUCUUUGUUUCGGCGACGGUCUUAGUUUUGACGACGAGACCGCCGCUGACACCGAUUACCAAAACCACAAGUCACAAAUUGCCCUGCCCCUAAUCCUGGUUGAUGUGUCAACAAUCAUCUGCAAGUUAUGAGCAGUGAGCAGUUCACACACCAAGUAGGCUACUGGGAAGACAGACAGCAUUUAAGGUAGAUGGCCCUAGCUAGCAAAAAGACAGUACUACAGUCGUGGUCAAAAGUUUUGAGAAUGACACAAAUAUUAAUUUUCACAAAGUAUGCUGCCUCAGUUUUUAUGAUGGCAAUUUGCAUAUACUCCAGAAUGUUAUGAAGAGUGAUCAGAUUAAUUGCAAUUAAAAUGAACUUAAUCCCAAAAAAACAUUUCCACUGCAUUUCAGCCCUGCCACAAAAGGACCAGCUGACAUCAUGUCAGUGAUUCUCUCGUUAACACAGGUGAGCGUGUUGACGAGGACAAGGCUGGAGAUCACUCUGUCAUGCUGAUUGAGUUAGAAUAACAGACUGGAAGCUUUAAAAGGAGGGUGGUGCUUGAAAUCAUUGUUCUUCCUCGGUUAACCAUGGUUACCUGCAAGGAAACAUGUGCCGUCAUCAUUGCCUUGCACAAAAAGGGCUUCACAGGCAAGGAUAUUGCUGCUAGUAAGAUUGCACCUAAAUCAACCAUUUAUCGGAUCAUCAAAAACUUCAAGGAGAGAGGUUCAAUUGUUGUGGAGAAGGCUUCAGGGCGCCCAAGAAAGUCCAGCAAGCGCCAGGAGUAAAGUUGAUUCAGCUGCGGAAUCGGGGCACCACCAGUGCAGAGCUUGCUCAGGAAUGGCAGCAGGCAGGUGUGAGUGCAUCUGGAUGGCCUGGUGUCAAGAAGGGCAGCGAGGAAGCCACUUCUCUCCAGGAACAACAUUAGGAACAGACUGAUAUUCUGCAAAAGGUACAGGGAUUGGACUGCUGACGACUGGGGUAAAGUCAUUUUCUCUGAUGAAUCCCCUUUCCAAUUGUUUGGGGCAUCCGGAAAAAAAGCUUGUCCGGAGAAGACAAGGUGAGCGCUACCAUCAGUCCUGUGUCAUGCCAACAGUAAAGCAUCCUGAGACCAUUCAUGUGUGGGGUUGCUUCUCAGCCAAGGGAGUGGGCUCACUCACAAUUUUGUCUAAGAACACAGCCAUGAAUAAAGAAUGGUACCAACACAUGCUCCGAGAGCAACUUCUCCUAACCAUCCAAGAACAGUUUGGUGACAAACAAUGCCUUUUCCAGCAUGAUUGAGCACCUUGCCAUAAGGCAAAAGUGAUAACUAAGUGGCUCGGGGAACAAAACAUCAACAUUUUGGCUUCAUGGCCAGGACACUCCUCAGACCUUAAUCCCAUUGAGAACUUGUGGUCAAUCCUCAAGAGGCGGGUGGACAAACAAAAACCCACAAAUUCGGACAAACUCCAAGCAUUGAUUAUGCAAUAAUGGGCUGCUAUCAGUCAGGAUGUGGCCCAGAAGUUAAUUGACAGCAUGCCAGGGCAGAUUGCAGAGGUCUUGAAAAAGAAGGGUCAACACUGCAAAUAUUGACUCUUUGCAUGGUGGCAGGUAGCUUAGUGGUUAAGAGCGUUGUGCGAGUAACCGAAAGGUCGCUGGUUCUAAUCCCCGAGCCAACUAGGUGAAAAAUCUGUCGAUGUGCCCUUGAGCAAGGCACUUAACCCUAAUUGCUCUGGAUAAGAGCGUCUGCUAAAUGUAAUAAACUUAAUGUAAUUUUCAAUAAAAGCCUUUGACACUUAUGGAAUGCUUGUAAUUAUACUUCAGUAUACCAUAGUAACAUCUGACAAAAAUAUUUAAAAACACUGAAGCAGCAAACUUUGUGAAGAACAAUACUUGUGUCAUUCUCAAAAUGUUUGACCACGACUGUAGACAACAUAUUAAAGGAAUACUUGAUGCCCUUUAUCUACUUCCCCAGAGUCAGAUUAAUUCGCGGAUUCCAUUUUUAUGUCUCUGUGUCCAGUAUGAAGGAAGUUGGAGGUAGUUUUACGAGACAAUUCUAGCUAGUGUUAGCACAAUGACUGGAAGUCUAUGGGUAUCUGCUAGUAUGCUAGUAGAUACCUAUAGACUUCCAGCCAUUGUGCUAACGCUAGUUAGCAUUGGCUCUUGAAAUUACCUCUAAAUUCCUUUAUACUGGACACAGAUACAUAAGAAUGGAAUCCACGAAUUAAUCUGACUCUGAGGAAGUAGAUAAAGGGCCUCAUUGCCAAAAUCCCAAAGUAUCCCUUUAAGACAAAAAGUAUAUUUAUCACUCCUGGAGAUAUCAGGAGACCUCUAGCUAUAGAAUUAUUUUCUAAAAUUCAGAAACUUUUCUAAAAUUCCCUGUUGAAUUUUGCAACCCUAUUAGGGAUAUAGGCAGAUGGAAAUGGGGAGAUCAUGUGUUGCUGAAGCUUGUGCUAUUACAUGGUUAUUACAUCGUUAUUGAUGUUGUGUGUUUAGCUGCGAGACUGUCUGGAUCGUGAGGUGUACGAGCUCUUCCACAAGAAGCUGAUGGAGCAUGCUCUGAUGAAGGACCCCAUGUUCCUGUGGUGCUGUCACGUGAGUGGGUUUCUAACCAGCUCCAUCAGAUAUACAGUUACUUCUCUACUGAACUUUUCACCCACCCCUCUCUUCUCUUCUCCUCCCUCCUCUUUCCUCCUCAGUGCACCUUUGGGUUUAUCUAUGAUGGAAACCAGUUCAAAGUCACCUGUCCCACGUGUAUGAAGAGCUUUUGUAACCAAUGCAAAAAGCCUGUAAGUACAAAAGAUAACUGUUGUUGCCUUGCCUGCUAUCUAUUAUGUCAUUUCAUAGCUACAUGUACAGUGAGGGAAAAAAGUAUUUGAUCCCUGCUGAUUUUGUACAUUUGCCCUAUGACAAAGAAAUGAUCAGUCUAUAAUUUUAAUGGUAGGUUUAUUUGAACAGUGAGAGACAGAAUAACAACAAAAAAAUCCAGAAAAACACAUGUCAAAAAUGUUAUAAAUUGAUUUGCAUUUUAAUGAGGGAAAUAAGUAUUUGACCCCCUCUCAAUCAAAAAGAUUUCUGGCUCCCAGGUGUCUUUUAUACAGGUAACGAGCUGAGAUUAGGAGCACACUCUUAAAGGGAGUGCUCCUAUUCUCAGCUUGUUACCUGUAUAAAAGACACCUGUCCACAGAAGCAAUCAAUCAAUCAGAUUCCAAACUCUCCACCAUGGCCAAGACCAAAGAGCUCUCCAAGGAUGUCAGGGACAAGAUUGUAGACCUACACAAGGCUGGAAUGGGCUACAAGACCAUCGCCAAGCAACAUUUUGUUGUUGUUAUUCUGUCUCUCACUGUUCAAAUAAACCUACCAUUAAAAUUAUAGACUGAUCAUGUCUUUGUCAGUGGGCAAGCGUACAAAAUCAGCAGGGGAUCAAAUACUUUUUUCCCUCAAUGUAUGUGGGACCCAAAUAAUAAUGAUGCCCGUCUCUCUCUCCAUCUUUCUUUCUCCUCCUCUCUCACGCUCUCUCUCCCCCCUCCCUCUCUCUCUAUCUCUCUGUCAGUGGGAAGUGCAGCACCAGGAUGUAUCCUGUGAGCAGUUCCAGUUGUGGAAGAGACAGAAUGACCCUGACUACCAGAGACAGGGGCUGGCCGGGUUCCUGCGGGACAACGGCAUCAGUGAGUCAGUCAGCCUGAACAACCUGCAGUUAUUGGCCCGUAUUCACAAAGAGUUUUAGAGUAGGUGCUGAUAUAGGAUCAGAUUUCCCUUUUAGAUCAUAAUGAAUAAGAUUAUAUGGACAGACAGGACCUGAUCCUAGAUCAGCACUCCUACUUUGAGACUCUUGACUUCUGGCACACAAUGCCAUCUCAUCAUCCUAAUUGUUAUAACACCAUGAUGUGGCCCUUCUUGUCAUCCCUCUCCGUAGCCUGUCCUCACUGCAGGUUCCAGUAUGCCUUGACCAAAGGGGGCUGCAUGCAUUUCAGCUGCUCCCAAUGCAGAUACCAGUUCUGCAGCGGCUGCAACAAUCCCUUCCAUACUGUAAGCCACGCACAGGGAUAUUAUCUAGGACAGUGGUUCUCAUCCUUUUUCAGUUACUGUACCACCAACUGAAUUUUGCUCAGCCUGGAGUACCCCUGAAGUACCCCCCUCAUGUGCAUUUUACCAGUAGGCCUGGUCAAAUCUUCUCAAGUACCCCGUGUGGAUAGGCCAAGUACCCCCAGGGGUCCAAAUACCACUGGUUGGGAAACACUGAUCUAGUAAACAAUGUCUUACUAAAUGGAUUCAGUCAGAGGGAAGGAUCUCUCAUUCCGCCAGGGGUUUCUCAUCAUCCAUCCUCAUGUCUGUUUCCUUUCUCUCUUUCCCUUCUUCACCCCUUUCCCUCUCCCUCCCUCCCCCUCGCUCUCUGUCAGACGGCGUGUAAGACAAUCCAGUGUAAGAUCACAGGUCUCCAUGCUCAUCACCCACGCGACUGUCUCUUUUACCUCAGGGACUGGGAGCCUGCCAGACUACAGGCCCUGUUGCAGGUACAAAGACAAGGAAUGUUCUGGGAACGUUACAGGGGGAAUGAUCUGGGAACGUUACAAAGGGAAUGUUCGGGCAAUGUAAAAGACAAUGUUCUGGGAACGUUACAUGGGUAAUGUUCUGGGAACCUUACAGGGGUGUCAUUUCAAAAUUGUGUUUCUGAGCUGAGGUGUUUUGUAUUUUGUCCACAGAGGAACGCUGUUGAGUUCAACACAGACCCCCCUAAUGGGACACAGACUGGUGAGAGUAACAUCUUGUUUAUCCUCACUUACAGUGCAUUCGGAAAGUAUUCAAACCCCUUGACCUUUUCCACAUUUUGUUACGUUACAGCCUUAUUCUAAAAUGUAUUAUUUAUUUGUUUCCCCCUCAUCAAUCUACACACAAUACCCCAUAAUGACAAAACAGUUUAGAAAUGUUUGCAAAUGUAUUAAAAAUAAAAAACGUUAAUUUCACAUUUACAUAAGUACUUUGUUGAAGCACCUUUGGCAGCGAUUACAGCCUCGAGUCUUCUUGAGUAUGACGCUAAAAGCUUGGCACCUGUAUUUGGGGAGUUUGUCCCAUUCUUCUCUGUAAAUCCUCAAGCUCUGUCAGGUUGGAUGGGGAGCGUCUCUGAACAGCUAUUUUCAGGUCUCUCCAGAGAUGUUCGAUCGGGUUCAAGUCCGGGCUCUGGCUGGGCCACUCAAGGACAUUUAGAGAUUUGUCUUGGCUGUGUGCUUAGGGUCGUUGUCCUGUUGGAAGGUGAACCUUCACCCCAGUCUGAGGUCCUGAGCGCUCUGGAGCAGGUUUUCAUCAAGGAUCUCUCUGUACUUUGCUCCAUUAAUCUUUCCCUCGUUCCUGAUUAGUCUCCCAGUCCCUGUCACUGAAAAACAUCCCCACAGCAUGAUACUGCCACCACCAUGCUUCACCGUAGGGAUGGUGCCAGGUUUCCUCCAGACGUGACGCUUGGCAUUCAGGCCAAAAAGAGUUCAAUCUUGGUUUCAUCAGACCAGAGAAUCUUGUUUCUCAUGGUCUGAAUCCUUUAGGUGCCUUUUGGCAAACUCCAAGCGGGCUGUCAUGUGCCUUUUACUGAGGAGUGGCUUCCGUCUGGCCACCAUAAAGGCCUGAUUGGUGGAGUACUGCAGAGAUGGUUGUCCUUCUGGAAGGUUCUCCCAUCUCCACAGAGGAACUCUGGAGCUCUGCCAGAGUGUCCAUCAGGUUCUAGGUCACCUCCCUGACCAAGGCCCUUCUCCCCCAAUUGCUCAGUUUGGCCGGGCGGCCAGCUCUAGGAAGAGUCUUGGUGGUUCCAAACUUCUUCCAUUUAAGAAUGAUGGAGGCCACUGUGUUCUUGGGGACCUUCAAUGCUACAGAAAUGUUUUGGUACCCUUCCCCAGAUCUGUGCCUCGACACAAUCCUGUCUCGGAGCUCUACGGACAAUUAUUUUGACCUUAUGGCUUGGUUUUUGCUCUGACAUGCACUGUCAACUGUGGGACCUUAUAUAGACAGGUGUGUGCCUUUCUAAAUAAUGUCCAAUCAAUUGAAUUGACCACAGGUGGGUCCAAUCAAGUUGUAGAAACAUCUCAAGGUGGGUCCAAUCAAGUUGUAGAAACAUCAAGGAUGAUCAAUGGAAACAGGAUUCACCUGAGCUCAAUUUCGAGUCUCAUAGGUAAUUUAGCGUUUGCUAAAUGACUAAAAUGUAAAUGUAAAUGUAAAUAGCAAAGGGUCUGAAUACUUAUGUAGAUAAGGUAUUUCUGUUUAUUAUUUUUAAUAAAUGUGCAAAAAAUUCUAAAAACCUGUUUUCACUUUGUCAUUAUGGGGUAUUAUGUGUAGAUUAAUGAGGAAAAAAACAAAUGUCAUCCAUUUUAGAAUAAGGCUGUAACGUAACAAAAUUUGGAAAAAGUCAAGGGGUCUGAAUACUUUCCAAAUGCGCUGUAUGUGAGAACUUGACUAUUUUUUUUUAUCUUUCUGCCCAUACUUUCAUUUGAUCUUUCUGUGUGACUCAGACGCAUGUGGAGUGAUGGAGCAGAAGGAUGACGGGGGUCAGCAGAUCGACUCACCCUGUGGAGUCCAAACUCAGCCAGGACACGCUGGACUCUGCGAGUGAGUCACACACACACACAAUACCUAAUUGUUUGUUAUAAAUGUGCACUACCACACAUACACACACACACACACAUAUCAUGUGGGUUUAAUUGUAUUGAAGACAUGCCAUGAAAAGUUAAUGAUAUUCACUUUUAAACAACCUUUGCUGGCUGAUAGGCUGUUCUCGCUUUGUCUCCGUUUGUGGCCAUUGUUCUCAAUAUGUCUGUCUCUGUGUGUGGCCAUUGCAGUAAACACUACAGAGAGUACCUGGUUAGUCUCAUUAACGGACACACCCUGGACCCCGCUCUUCUCUACGAACAACAAGAGGUGACAGUUGCCUGCAAGAGGUACCAGGUGGAGGAGCAACAAGGGGAGGGGGAGGAUGACAGGGUGUACCAGGAUCGACUGCUGAAGGUCUGUCAUCCAUCACAGUUAGGCUUGUGGCCUGACUGGAAGUUUGCACUAAAUAGUUUCAAUGUUAAUUUUGAUGUAGUGUUUUUGUUGUGGUUCAGAUUGUGUGAAAGUGUAUAUUACUCUUUCUUUACAGAAACUGAUGGAAGUUCCACUUGGAGAAAAGGUUCCUCGGAUGAGAUGAAGAUUUAUUUUAAAUAUUUUAUCAACCAUUUUAAGGAAUGUACAGCUAUUCUAUUUGCAAACAGCAUCAAGUGAAGAAGUCAGGUUUCAAACCUCCCACCACAUAGCAAUACCAAACAAGCUGUUAUAUUACAUCUCAUUGAAGUUUAACAUGUUUUGUUCCUUAUAUGCUUCAUUCGAUUUCUGACAUCUACAGUUAAUAGUAUCUACAUUUCCUCUCUGUGAGGAUACAGCUGCAAAGACAUACAUACAAGACAGGUCAAUCAACAACUGUCUUUCUUGUUUAUUUUUUAUUAAAGAUAUAAAAUAUUUUUUAAAUACUUCACUAAACAACUUAAGAAAUAACGGAAGGUGUCUAUCAUCUUAAAAAUGACAGUCAAUAUUGUGAGAUUAUACAAAGUGUA